AUGGCGAUGGCACUGGACGCGGUGUGGGUGCGGGUGAAGGGCGUGUGCAAGCAGAAUGGACUGCUUAUCAUGUCAGUGCUGGCCGUGGUCAUUGGAUGCCUCCUCGGCUUCUUCCUGCGCACAAAGCAGCUCUCCGAGCAGGAGGUAAAAUACUUCCAGUUUCCGGGAGAGCUGCUGAUGAGGAUGUUGAAAAUGCUUAUUCUGCCCCUCGUCGUGUCCAGUUUGAUGUCUGGUCUGGCCGCCCUGGAGCCCAAGUGCUCGAGCCGCCUGGGCCUGAUCACCGUGUCGUACUACCUGUGGACCACCUUCCUGGCGGUGGUGGUGGGCAUCGUGAUGGUGCUGAUCAUCCACCCGGGCGGCAUGGCGGCCAAGGACGACACCGAGGACAGCGGCAAGCCCAUCAUGAGCUCCGCCGAUGCCCUGCUGGACCUCAUACGAAACAUGUUUCCUGCCAACCUUGUGCAAGCUACUUUUCAACAGUAUCGGACCAACAGCGUGCCAAUCAUGAAGUCACCGAAGCCCACGGUGAGCCAGGGCCUGGCAGCCAGCACCACCAAGAGACCCCUGAUCUACGGCAUCCAGGACGACAACGGAACCGACAUCCAGAACUUUCAGCUGGACCUGACGCCGCCGCCCGACGUGGUCUUCCGCACGUUACCGGGCACGAGCGAUGGCAUGAACGUCCUUGGAAUUGUAAUCUUUUCUGCCACCAUGGGUAUCAUGCUGGGAAGAAUGGGCCCGAAUGGGAGCGCCUUGGUCAAUUUCUGCCAGAGUCUGAAUGAAGCUGUGCUGAAGAUUGUUGCCAUUGUCAUCUGGUACUUUCCGUUCGGAAUCGUGUUCCUGGUGGCGGGAAAAAUCCUGGAGAUGAGCGACCCGUCCGCCAUGGGAAAGAAGCUGGCCUUCUACGCCUUCACGGUGGUGACGGGGCUGAUCCUCCACGGCCUCUUCAUUCUGCCCAGCAUCUACUUCUUCAUCACCAAGAAGAGCCCCAUCGUCUACAUCAGGGGCAUCCUGCAGGCACUACUCAUCUCCCUAGCAACCUCCUCCAGCUCUGCCACGCUGCCUAUCACCUUCAAGUGCCUCCUGGAGAACAACCAUAUAGAUCGGCGCAUCAUCCGCUUCGUGCUCCCCGUGGGCGCCACCAUCAACAUGGACGGCACGGCGCUCUACGAGGCGGUGGCCGCCAUCUUCAUAGCCCAGGUCAACAACUAUGAGCUGGACUUCGGCCAAAUCAUCACCAUCAGCAUCACAGCAACAGCUGCUAGCAUUGGUGCAGCUGGGAUUCCACAGGCUGGCCUGGUCACCAUGGUGAUCGUGCUGACAUCCGUUGGUCUGCCUACUGAUGACAUCAUGCUCAUCAUUGCCGUGGACUGGGCUCUGGACCGAUUCCGUACCAUGGUGAAUGUGAUGGGAGACGCCCUGGCCACAGGAAUCAUGGCACACAUCGUCCGGAAAGACUUUAUGAAAGAGGGAGAUGGGGUAAGGGUGCCGCUCAUCUGCGAGACCAAGCCAAUGCUCUGCGAGACCAAGCCCAUCAACAUCCAGCAGCUGCUCAACUGUCAGCAGAACAACGGCAGCUUCCAGCCCCCUCCGCUGGACCACAAGCUGGACCACAUCCCCCCCGACGUGGCCCGCCUCAUGCAGCUGGAGGAGGGCGUGCGGCCCGCGCCCCCCGAGCGCAAGAAGCCCCCCAUCCCGCCGCGCCACCCCAAGAGCAAGGACAAGGAGCACUGUGCCAUUGACAUGAACGGCCUGGAGACAAACGUAUAGCCCACACAUUAUGUGGGAAGGGGCUCGAACCCAUGCCGUUGUAAGAGUGCGCGUGUUUGGGACCAAUGCGAGAGAGGCCAAGUGAACGUUGGAGCAGGAGCUGAAAGAGACUUACGAUGUUUCCGGUCUUAGUGUAUUAUUAAGACUAAGAUUAUGUGAUGUGCUUGUCUGUCUGUUUGUUUGUAUGUUUGUAUGUGUGAAUAUACAUAAUGGAAGCAUAUUUAUUAUUCUGACUUUGGUCCUCAGAAGAAUACUCCAAGAAGCUGGAGUGUGGAUGCACUGGAAACUAAAGAUGGCUCUCCAAAGCCACGACUUGCUGUGUGGUGGUAACACGGUGCGAGCUCGAGACUUGAGAACACAGAAGCACCACAAGAGCUUUCACAGAAGGGAAAAUUACAGCCUCAGCUGAGACAUGGUCGCCUUUACCACUGUGGCCAAACGGGAUGGAUCCAUGAAAGCUUUGCAUGGCAUGCUAUUUUCCUCUAUCCUGAUUGGACAGAGGAAUACUUGCCCAGAGAUGGAACUUGAACAUAACAACAACUUUCCUCUUGGGAUGAGAGGAAAUGUUGAUUGGGUUUUUUUUUUUUCUUGUUUUUUUUUCUCAUGUAUAUACGUAUGUAUGCUAUCAACUUUUUUCAAUUUUGUAUUAUCUAUCUUAAAUAUAAAUCAUGUUUUGAUUUGUUGGAUGAUAAUCCAGCAAAAAAAGCUCAAUUACAGUACUUAA